UUCAGCCAAUGGCAGCGAGGCGGGCGGGCUCUGCUGCUGGGAGAGAGUGAGCAGAGCGCGGAGUGUCAGUGCGUGUGUGUGUGGAAGAGCCCGCAGCUUUGCACCGAGCCCGCAGCUUCUUUCUUACCUCUAAGCAGACGCCAUGUGGGGGGUUCCCGCUGCUGCUCACCUGUACCACCAUGUGUGCUGGAUGUUCGGCGCGGCGCUCACUGUCCUGCUCUCCAUCACAGGAGUGCCGGUGCGCAGCGGGGAUGCCGGGUUCCCAAAAGCCAUGGACAACGUGACGGUUCGACAAGGGGACAGCGCCAUCCUCAGGUGCACAGUAGACAACAGAGUGACAAGAGUAGCCUGGCUAAAUCGUAGCACCAUCUUAUACACUGGCAAUGACAAGUGGUCGAUAGACCCCCGUGUGGUGCUUCUGGCCAACACAAAGAGCCAGUACAGCAUUGAGAUCCAGAAUGUGGACAUUUAUGAUGAGGGACCCUACACCUGCUCUGUGCAAACAGACAAUCACCCCAAAACGUCUCGUGUACAUCUCAUUGUUCAAGUUGCCCCACAAAUCCUAAAUAUCUCCUCUGACAUUACUGUUAAUGAAGGAAGCACUGUUGCACUACGAUGUCUAGCCACCGGAAGACCUGAGCCAGCGGUGACGUGGAGACAUUUCACUGGGAAAUCUCACCGGUUUGUAAGUGAUGAUGAAUACUUGGAAAUCACAGGAAUCACCAGAGAUCAGUCUGGACAGUAUGAAUGUAGUGCAGCCAAUGAUGUCUCAGCUCCUGAUAUCAGAAAAGUUAGAGUCACGGUAAACUAUCCUCCAUAUAUUUCAGAUACCAGAAAUACAGGAGCUUCACUGGGACAAAAAGGCAUUCUGCGUUGCUCGGCUUCUGCUGUCCCACUUGCAGAAUUCCAGUGGUAUAGAGAAGAAACCAGGUUAGCCAAUGGCCUAGAUGGUGUUAGGAUUGAAAACAAAGACCACAUGUCCAUUCUAACAUUUUUCAAUGUCUCAGAAAAGGAUUAUGGGAAUUAUACCUGUGUUGCGUCAAAUAAGCUUGGAAACAGUAAUGCCAGUGUCAUAUUAUAUGGACCUGGAGCCAUUCAUAAUAGAAGCAGCUCAGCUUCUGCAGCAAUAGCUGCCACCUGUCUUUGGUGUUCUAUCCUGUAUUCCCUCACAACGUUUUGAACAUGGAAGUGGGGGUGCUCAGUGAUGCCUGGGAGUUGUUGCUGGAUUCUCCCUCUACACUUCAAUGACAGAAAUGACUUUACAAAUAAUGGGGGGGAUGCCUCAGCCCUACACUCUAAUACUCCCCUGGGUCUUAGGUAGUUUGCUGGAUAUCAAUACAUAUUUGGUUUCUAUUCACACAUUUUCGACUAUGUUCUUUGCUCCAUGUUCCUCAACAUUUGACGAUAGGCCCGGGGGAGCAACUGGGUUGGUUUCUUGUGUUGGUGUCUUCGUAAAUCCCUGUGUGAUGCACUGCAGGUUAUGGAUGAGAAAUGGUAAGAUGGGAAGCUACCUAUCACUACAAAAAGGACAGUGGUCACAACUGCUUCAAAGGAAUGGAUGUUCAUCAUACUCCCAUCUAUGGCUCCAAAGAUUCAUUCAAAUUAAUUGUGAAAGCCAAAAAUGGGCAACAUGAGUGGAGGCAUCAUGGGAGCUUGGAAGCUGCACAAGAACUACUAAACAUCCUCCGGCUACAGAGAGAUAUGAGCUAAACAAACAUGAAUGGUUCUAAACUCAGCCUGUAGGAUUAAUUUGAUCUGUCCUGAGCUCUCACCAACAUCAGAUGUCUUUAUAAAUACAAUAGUAAGCAUGUGGUGCCCUGUUGAGGACCUUGUGAUCUCUCUUAGAAAAAUGCUUUCACAUCUAGCUUUGGGAACCCCUUUGUUAACCCACUGACCCUCUUAUCAACCAUCCCAGUACCUUCUAUGUCCUCUUAGAGUUUAUGUCCCACCUAAUUAAGUAGCCUUUGGAACAGUGAUUUUAAGUCCCUUUCCACCACACAGAUCUGAAGGGUUUCUAAAUAUAUGUGACAUAUUUGCAUAAGGUCCAUUGUGCAAUAUGAAAAUAAAUAAGUAAAAAAAAAUAUGCUAUUAAAACAACUGUUAACUGGUAGGUGGGUAAAUCAGAAAACAGUUUGUCCACGUUGUAAAGCAGAAUGUUGGUGUAAAAACAUUAAGCAAUAUUUUGUUUCUCUGACAGAAGGCCAAAACUUUGGAGAAAAGAUAUUUUACAUUUUGUUACUUGUGUACUGCAUAAACAGAACAUAUUUUUUGGAUCCCCCUUCCCCAAAAAAUAAAAACAUGGGGAUGGAGCAUUCUCAUCUAUGCAAAAGAAUCUAGUUAAAAAUUCCAAAAAAUAUAUGAGAUAUUUAGUGUCCAGCUGUGGUUGAGAACAAAAUGACCCUUCAGUUUUCCAUUUGCAUGUAAAUGUUCAGAUUUGAGCCCCUGUGACCCUAAAAAUAAUUCUAAAUUAUUUUCUAUUUUGUUUGUCACGUUUUCUUCAGUCUUGCAGUACACAAUCACAGCAAGCAGGCAGGCACCAUUUUGUGGACACUGUUAUUAUGGCAAGCUUUGUAUCACCCCAAAAUCUUGUGUAUGCACCAGAAUGGGGGACCUGAUACACAUGCCCCUGUACUGGCUACACAAUUAGAUGGUGAGGAGGGGGGAAGUGAAAGCAAUUAUAUGCCCCACAUCUAUGCCUCUGCAUAGAGGUGGGGCAGGGAAUAUAUGAUUGACAGCUGGGAUUUUAAAUGCCUUUACAAUACGUAUGAAUGUGUUUAUAAAAAAGGUAUUUGGGUUUCAUGUUUAAUUUGAAAAUGGCUUUUGUUAUACAGUUUUUUAUGUCUGGGUGACAGGUCCCCUUGAAGAAUAAAAGUAUAACAAUGUGAUCAUUUACUCCCAAACUACUGUAAUUGGAAGCAAAACAAUCCAAAUGAUUUUCACUAGAAAAAGUAUGGCGAUCCAAAUUAAAGAAAGGCCCCUUCUCCAGGUCCUGAGUUUUCUGGAUAACAAGUCCUAUAACUGUAUAUUAAAAAGGGAGGAAUCCAUAAUGUGUCUUUAAAUAAUACACAUUGAGAACAGGCAGCAAGGCCAUUUAAAAAACGUAAUUCUGUAUGAGGAAUGAUAUUAUUAUAGAGUUACCAAACUUGCGGUUGACCGUAAAUGUGAUUAGCCAUGUGUAGCUCAUAACAUUGCUGUUAAUAGUAUGCAGAGACUUACCCACCUACCUUUUGCUAAACUAUAUACAUCUCUCAUUUUCAUCUCUUCACAUUCAGAUACAAAAACGACACAGACAGAUGUCUGCAGUGAGUGAAACCUCCAGAGCAUAACGCUAAAUGCAUAUAAUAGUUGCUAUGCAUAUUUCUAACUAAGUGGUCAAUUGACAAUUGUGAUGUAAAGACUACCAUAAGAACACCAGUGAUGGUAAUUCAGGUAACAGCAACAGGAGCCAGAUGCAGAGUGGCAGCCUACAAUGCAAUGCUCUGCCAAUAUAUAGGUAAAGAGAUUGUGGUCAAAGUGUCAGGCCCUUUCAAGAUGAUUAGUGUUUUAAUGCCUUAUUUGCAAAUAUAUCAAUGGCAGUAUUGGAAUUCUCUGCAAAUCUCUCUUAACGAUUGUCAAAGGUGCAAUGCCCUGAGUUUAAACUUAAAGAACAGGUUUAUUCUUGUUUUGUUUUUUUUAAUUACCAUAGCUCAGUUUGGAUAUUCACUUGGUUCUGAAACCCUAGAAGGCCAGGUGUGGUGAUUUCAAUGUUAGAUGAUAAGGACACAAGCAGAUUGCUGCAUGUUACACAACUUUGUAAAAUUUUCUAGGCCAGGACAGUGAGAUGGUUGUAAUCCUGUGACGUGUCAAUAAAGUCUGAUAUUUGUAA